GCAGAGAGGUCGGCUCCUCCGCGUGUGCUGAGUGUCGGAACGUGUGCGACCGUCGGGAUGCUCAAGGUCCUGCAGGUGUGCGUCCGCCGCCACCUGUGGAGGAGUGCGUGUUCUUCUGCCGCGGGAGCGCAGAGGGGCUCUGGGGCCGCGGGGGGUCGCGGUCUGAGCCGGCCCGGGGUCCGGACCUGCACCGUAGACCCGAACCUGGAGGAGCAGUUCGUGUUUCUGGACUGCACAGAUGCAGAUGAGGACUCCGGUCAGGAGGAGAAAGAGCUCCUCCGUCAGCUGAGCGCCACCACCUCCUCCUCCUCCUCCUCCGCUGCUGCGCCCGGAUCAUUGGUUGAUACUCAGUUGUCCCCUCAGAAACACCUGAGGUCUCUGGAGCAUCAGCUGCAGCUGUUGAGGCAUGGCGUCCUGAAGGAGCCGCAGGCAAAGCUGGACUCCCUGAUCCAGUUCCAUGAUGUGGACUUCCCGUUGGACGAGAGCAUCGUGGCUGCAAAGAAGAAAAAGAAGGCGGCUGUGGGGAAAGGCGAGCACAAGAUCUUCGGCACCCCUGACGUGGACGAGCCGGUCAGCGACACGUGCUGCUCAGGCUGCGGCGCCGUGCUGCACUGCACCGCCGCCGCUGUCCCUGGCUACCUGCCCAGUGAGAAGUACAAGGUGCUGGUCCAGGAGGGUCGUCUGAGCGGCGCCACCUGUCAGCGCUGCCACCUGCUCACCCAUCACCACAAGGCCCUGAACCUGCAACUGCCCAAAGACCAGUACCGGGACGUGGUGCGGCAGAUCCGCCCGCACAAGGCUCUGGUGCUGCUCAUCGUCGACCUACUCGACGUGCCGGACUCCAUCAUCCCCGACCUGCCUGAGCUGGUGGGACGCAACAAACACAUCGUUGUCCUUGGCAACAAGAUCGACCUGCUGCCCGGAGACUCGCCGAACUACCUGCAGCGACUCAAGCGGCAGCUCUCUCAGUACUGCAAGGACGCCGGCUUUGGCGAUCAGGUGACCGACGUCCACCUGAUCAGUGCUAAGACUGGGUACGGCAUAGAGGAGCUGAUCUCCAGUCUGCAGCGGUCCUGGAAGUACAAAGGCGAUGUGUACCUGGUGGGCAGCGCCAAUGCCGGGAAGUCGACUCUCUUCAACACGCUGCUGGAGUCCGACUACUGCAAGUCCAGAGCCUCAAACGUCAUCCACAAGGCUACCAUCUCACCGUGGCCAGGGACGACUCUGAACCUGCUGAAGUUCCCCAUCAUCAACCCAACUCCGUACAGGAUGUUCAAGCGUCAGGAGCGACUGAAGGAGGCGUCGCAGCAAAAGGAGAGCGAGUUGUCGCCGGAAGAGCUAAAAAGGCUGCAGUAUUUCAGCAGGCAGGGAUACUUAGUGGGUCGCAUUGGCAGAACGUUCCGGGUUGAAGGAUUCAGACCGAAUGAGAUCCAGUUUGAUCCUGACAGUCUGGCAUUUGGAGAAAACGAAGACGGCGAGGAGACGACGACAGCUGCCAGCAGGUCAACUGAGGAGCUGAGCCACAACGAGCUAAAAGACGCCCACUGGCUGUACGACACGCCGGGAAUCAUGAAGGAGCUUGACAUUCUAAACCUGCUGCAUGAACAGGAAGUGAGGUUGGUGGUUCCCACCCAGGCCAUUGUCUCGCGGACGUUCGUUCUGAAGCCAGGCACGAGUCUGUUUGUGGGAGCUCUGGCCAGGAUUGACUUCCUGCAGGGAGAAAAGUCCUGCUGGUUUUCCGUCGUGGCCUCCGAUCGGGUGCCGGUUCACAUCACUAGCCUGGAAAAAGCCGACAGCAUUUAUGAGAAACAUGGUGGACACGUGCUGCUGGGGGUGCCUAUCGGAGGCUCGGAGCGCAUGAAGGAGUUUCCUGCAUUGGUUCCUCAGGAGUUCAGUUUGGAGGGUCGGGGUUAUCUGGAGGCUGCUGCUGACAUCAAACUGUCAUCUGCAGGCUGGGUGGCUGUGACGGCAGUGGAGGGCGAUCAGCUGCUGUUGAGAGUUCACGGGCCGCAAGCUGCAGGCUUCGGUUUGAGGACGCCGCCGCUGCUUCCUCACGUCAUCUCUCUGAAAGGAGAACGUAUCCGCAAGUCUGCUGCCUACAAACCAAUGAAAGCCGUGGGUCUGCUACACAGCGGACUGUCGGCCACCGAAACCGAGAGGCUGCAGGUGAAGAGGAAGAAGAAGAAGAAGAGCCAAGGGUAGAGGACGUGGAGGAGCAGCUCCUGUCUCACCACCAAGACUCUCUGCAGGUGGUUGUAGCUCCGCUUCUAGAAAAACUGACCUCUGACCUCAGGGAAUGUGAUUCUGGAUCAAUUUGGCUUUGUUGGAGGAUGUGUGUCGUUUUGUUAUAUAAAUAUACAUAUUUCAUACUGUUAUCGUCAAUGGCGUUUGUACAGCUGGGUCUUAAUGUUCUGACAGUGACAGGCUGAAAUUCAGCCGCAAUAAAUAUGAAGUUAUACUAUCAAAAUAAAAUUAAAUUCACACUUUUAAACCAGCGUCCUUCCAAACUGGGCCU